AUGUCGCAGGGCAUACUAAUACAAGCGGAUCAUUUACACCGUUAUUAUGGCAAGCAUCAUGCCGUUAAUGAUGUCAGUAUCUCAUUGCAUCAAGGCGAAGUGCUGGGCUUAUUAGGGCAAAAUGGCGCGGGAAAAUCCACUACUAUGCAGAUGUUAACGGGUAAUAUCGCCCCCCAUAGUGGCACGGUGACUAUCAAUGGCAUCGACCUGUUAGAACAGCCCGUGAAGGCAAAGCGUCAAUUGGGAUCCAAAGGUUAUCAGCAACGUGUAGGCAUCGCGCAGGCGAUUAUCCAUGAACCUGCGGUGAUUAUUUUAGAUGAACACCGUGGGUUAGAUCCGAUUCAAAUUCAAGAAAUCCGCCGCUUGAUUAGUGCCUUAGCUAAAGAUCAUAGUGUGAUUCUGUCUACGCAUAUCUUGCAGGAAGUUGAAGCAGUGUGUCAUCGAGUGCAGAUUAUGAAUGCAGGACAAACG